AUGGCGAGUUGGGUGUUUUUAGGAGCGCAGGCCGAUGAUAAAGACGACACGGAUGGAAUCAAGGCACAAUUCGAGCCGCCUGGAGACAAAUUGGUAAUUGGAACUGGUUUAUCUGAGGUUGUGUACACCAUAACAGAGGCCGAUACAGCAAGCACAACGUUAUACCUACUUGAAAUUACCCGCCUAAAUGGCGUUGACAAUGCGGCGAAAGCUAGAAAGAUUCAAGAGUAUUGCAUCAAGGGUCUCUCCACUGAUAGCACGAAAACUCCUUGCAAUCCACAAGCUGUUGAAAUAUCACUCAACGUCAGACAGCCUGUGGCGUACGAUCUGGCAGCAGUUGUUGCAGAGGGAGUUACAUCGAAUACUUAUUACUACUUCUUUUGCUUCAUCAAUCUCAGCGGGCUCUGUUCCGCGUACAGUCCAGUCUUCUUUAUUCCUGACAGGUCAUCGCCCCAAUUACCUCCAAAUUUUGUACCAUUUCUUCCCAGUGGUCCGGCCACGCUUCAAAGUUUCGCAACAAAUCUCAAUUCAGCAACGACAGGUAGCCUUACAUCUGCUGGGCCGAGUACUGCCACUGAAUCCAGCGACGCCGUAAAGACGUGGGUGACUGUCUCAUCACCCCCUACCAAUACGGUAACAAGCACACCAACAGCGACAGCGGGAGCUUCCUCUGAAUCUGUGAGCUCUAGCUCGAAAGGCGGACUCUCCAUUGGGGCCAAGGUUGGCAUAGCGGUUGGCGCAGUAGCUGUCGUUCUUGCCAUUCUAAUUCUCGCGCUCCUUUUCCUCCGCAAGAAACACCGCCAGCGCUCAAGCAAAGAACGCUUGAUGCUCAGUCACUCUCUCAACGCCGAUUCACGCGAUCUCAUAACAGAAAAAGAGAUAACUCCAACUUCAUAUCAAAUACCAAAUCUAAAUUUUGCAUCUCCAGGCUCACCGGCAUCUGAAACGCGUCAUUUAUCAGUACUGUCACCCUAUGAUCCAGUCUCACAACCAUACACUGGAUCAGCAGCAUCAAUACCAAGAAGAAAGCCAACACUAAGUACGGCCUCAGCCAGUGCCGUUGGAGCAACAGCAAUCCCCCACGAACCUGUCGCCGCCACAAUACCCAUAUCAAGAGAAGUAAGCCGUGCCUCUUCACAUAUACCAUCAACGCGCUCUAUUGGAGCCACGGAACCCUCCCCUCCACCGCAAAAUUACGAACAAUACCACGACGUACCACAAUACAGCCAUGGGUCUCCUCAAGGUCAUGGAUCUCCUCAGGUCUUCCAAGGAGGACUCCAAGCACCCUACUUAAGCGAAACAGACAGCGAACGCGGCGGCUCCGUCGCAUUAACUGAAGCCGACCACGCGAGGUUAGCGGAGGAAGAGGAAGAGCGGAGGAUCGAUGCUGCGAUUGCAGAGUCAGAACGACUGAAGAAUUCGCAUGGUAGGUGA